AUGUGGAAACCAGGACAAGCUCAGUUAAAAACAAGCAUCGCACAAACCUUCUACCCGUUAGCGCUGAUGCUUCCCAGCGAGAAGAAACUGCAGAAAGCGGUUUCUCCUCAAGGAAUCGACUGCUCAUAGAUCAAGACUCUCAACCCAGAAGCACCUAGUGGGGUUUAUUCCAUUCAGCCAGCUGGAGUCAAGAUUACGUUCAAGGUGUACUGUGAGAUGCUUCCAGAUGGAGGAUGGACCAUGUUUCAGAAACGCAGCGGACCCACUGUUUCAUUCAACAGAAAAUGGGCAGAGUAUAAAAAUGGAUUUGGAACCCUGACACAGGACCACUGGCUUGGUCUGAAGAAGGUUUUCUUACUCACCAAGAACAAGUCUAGGAAGUGGACCUUGAGAGUGGACCUGUGGGACCACGAGGGUGGCAGUGCUUACGCUGAGUACAAGAACUUUAGACUGGGGAAUGAGAAAUCAGCUUUCAGACUGAACGUUGGGACAUGCAGUGACGCUAUCCGCGGUGCGUAUGAAGGCAUUGACCAGAACGGCUAUGGCUUCAGCACCAUCGACCGUGACAACGACGGCUGCUCCCCAUGCAUCUUCGGGGACAUUGCUCAAAACAAGUGCACUUUUUCGAAGGGCGGCGGUUGGUGGUACAGCAAGUGUGGCUCUGCCAGUCUAAACGGAGAAUGGCAUCCUACUGGUAACCACAUCGGUUGGGCUUCAGGCCUCCACUGGCUCACCUGGAAACCUCCUGCACCUUACUCGGCCAAGGCCUCCAGAAUGAUGAUCAAAUCUGAGUGA